AUGAGUGCUUUUAGAGAACUUGGCUCAGUCGAGGAUACCGCAAUGGAUGCCGCCAAUGCAAAACUAAGUGCUGUCCAGCGCGGUUAUUACCAUGAUAGGUAUAUUGGCUGCUUCGUUCCUCAAGAAUUAAAGCAAUUGCCUCCAAUGAAUCUUGGUUACUAUGUUAGAACGCAGGCAAUCUAUGUAGCAGUCAAGAAAUUCCAUGAAAUUCACGGAUCCAAUAUGCAAGUUGUUGUUUUGGGCUGUGGUUACGAUACUUUAUUCUGGAGGCUCAGAGACGAAAAGAUUACAGUCAAGAAUUGGUUUGACUUAGAUAUGCAACAUGUUGUCAAUAAGAAAUCUAAAGUUAUCAAUAGCAAUAGCUUCGAACCGAUGGAUAAUUAUCAUUUAUUCUAUGCCGACUUAUCAAAACCAGAAAUGGUUAAGCAAGAGCUUAAUUCACACGGAUUUGAAGAUAUUCCUACAAUAUUUAUUGAUGAAUGUACACUUAUUUACGUCGAUCCAGUUUCUGUUGACGAAAUCCUUAAAUUUGCAGCAUCACUUAAGUCAAAUGCCUUCAUUAGCUAUGGUAUGGUCAAACCAGAUGACCAAUUUGGCAAAAUGAUGGUUAAGAAUUUUGAUGGCUUUGGAGCUCCUCUAAAAGGCAUUAAGAUGUAUCCAACAGUUGCAUCACAUAAAGAUAGAUGCAUCAAUGCUGGUUUCAAGCAUGCCAAAUCAAUAGAUUUAAAUCAAACAAUGAAAGUUGUAAUUCCAAGAGAAAACUUCAUGAAAAUCAUGAGGCUUGAGAUGCAGGAUGAUCCAGAUGAACUUGCUUACAUGCUUCAACAUUAUGUUUUAGCUGUUGCUGGAUCUGAUAGUGAAUUUGUCUCAAUUAUUUAA